AUGGUGCAGAACAAACUGUCCUCGCAGAUCGCCCAGGAGCUCAUGAUGCGCUACCGGAACCACAUGGACCCUCCUGCCAGCCACCUGACCACCGGUGGAUCAAGCGAUCUGGCCACCGACAGCGAGUACCUGCGCGAUUACUAUCGGCAGCAGAAAAAGCUGUCCGAUCAGCUGAUGAUGCAAGAGGCGCUGCAGCUGCCGAACUUUGCCCAGACAAAGUACCUCUCCGACAUCGGCUACAACAGUUGGGACAAAUCGUUCGGCGUGAAACCGCGGAGCGGAAGUGAACCGUUGUCGGUGAAAAAAUCCAAAAAGAAAAAGGCGUACGGGUUGAUGUAG